AUGGCCUUCACCAAUCCCUCGAUAUAUCCGCCGGCGUCGCAUGACAUACAAAAGUUUGCGAGCCGAAGGAGCGUCGUUCACAGCACCAAGGGCAUAGUGGCCUGCACGCAACCUCUUGCAGCCAAGUGCGGAAUCGACAUUCUCAAUGCAGGAGGUAAUGCUGCCGAUGCGGCCGUCGCCGUAGCGGCCGGCAUGAACAUGACGGAGCCGUGCUCAACCGGCAUCGGCGGUGACAUGUUCUGUCUGUACUACGACGCCGCCACCAAGAAGGUCUCGGCGCUCAACGGGUCCGGUCGCUCCGGUGCCAAGUACACGCUCGAUGCGGUCCGCAGCGCGCUCAAGCUGCCCGACUCGGACACCAGGAGCGAGAUUCCGACAAAGAGCCCCUUGGCGGUGACGGUGCCGGGUGCCGCGGCAGGGUGGUGCGACACGGUCGAGCGGUUCGGCAGCGGCAAGCUGACCAUGGCUGAUAUACUGAAGCCCGCCAUCGAGCUGGGCGAGAAGGGGUACCCCGUUUCCGAGAUAACAUCUAUUGCUUGGCGCGGGUCGGAGAAACGCAUCCGUGAGGCAUCUCCCAACUACGCCGAGAUGUUGAAGGCAGACCCGGACGCGCCAGGCGGCUGCCGUGCGCCAAAGGCGGGCGAGAUCAUCAAGCUGCCCAACCUGGCCCGGACCUUCCGGACCCUGGCCGAGGAGGGCAAGAAGGGCUUCUACAGCGGCCGGAUAGCCGAGGAGCUCGUCAAGGUGUGCCAGGACCUCGGCGGGCUGAUGGAGCUCGACGACCUCAAGCACCACCUGGAGACGGGCAGCGAGGCCGUCGAGCCCCUGGGGCUCAAGUUCACGGCCCACGGCGCGGCGGCCGCGGACGGCUCGGGCGGCGUCGAGCUGUGGGAGCACCCGCCCAACGGCCAGGGCAUCGUCGCCCUGAUGGCGCUGGGGAUCCUGCAGGAGCUCGAGCGCAGCGGCAAGGUGCCCAAGUUUGGGCCCGAGGACCACAACACGCCGGCGUACCUCCACGCCGUCGUCGAGUCCCUGCGGCUCGCGUUUGCCGACGCCUCGUGGUUCGUCACGGAUCCAAACGUCGCCAAGGUCCCCUCCCAGGAGCUCAUCUCGCAAGAGUACCUCGCCGAGCGCGCCAAGCUCUUCAACCCGGAAAAGGCCUCGACGUCGGUCCGGCACGGCGACCCGUCGUCCGGAUUCAAGAGCCCCGCCCUCAACAGCAGCGACACGGUGUACUUUGCCGUGUCGGACAGCCAGGGCAACGCCAUCAGCUUCAUCAACUCCAACUACAGCGGCUUCGGGACGGCCAUCAUCCCCAAGGGCUGCGGCUUCACGCUGCAGAACCGCGGGAGCAACUUCUCGCUGGACGCGGCGCACCCCAACGCCCUCGCGCCGCGCAAGAGACCCUACCACACCAUCAUCCCGGGGCUGGUGACCAACCUGGCCGACGGCUCGCUGCACUCGGUCUUUGGCGUCAUGGGCGGCUUCAUGCAGCCGCAGGGCCACGUGCAGACGCUCCUGGGCCAGGUCAGCUGCGGCCUGUCGCCGCAGCAGGCCCUCGACGCCCCCAGGAUCUGCAUCGGCGCCGGGAUGCCCGACGAGGUGACGGGCGAGAUGAACGACGACGUCGUGGCCAUCGAGGAGGGGAUGCCGGCCUCGACCAUCGCCGGCCUGCAGAAGCUGGGCCACAAGUGCGUGCUCAUCACGGGCACCGAGAGGUCCCAGUUUGGUAGGGGUCAGAUAAUCAGAUGGACCGUCGACCCCGUGGACGGGACGGGGGUUUGGUCGGCAGGGAGCGAUCCCCGCGGAGAUGGCGCUGCGUAUCCAGCCUAG